GCGUGACUGUCGGGGGUCUUGAACACAUCUGUUCGACUUCUGAGUUUGACAGUCGAGAGUUUAACCGCCAUGCUUUUAAUUUGAAGGGGAAUUACAGGCGGAAGGGCGGACGCUGCUAGUUGCUUGUACCUCGACACAGAGGGAGGACAUAGUGGAUUCCGUUGGGAAGCUGUACAUCAUCGCCAGGCGGUUCUCUGGAGAUCUCUCUCCGUUGUACGUAUAGGUUAAUGUUGUCACCUCUGGGAUGAAUCCACCAAGCCUCCACAGAUGUAAAUUAGCCAGGAAAAUGAGCACAAGAAGAAGAAGAUAAGUGACGGCGGCUGGCUUCCUGCGGGAUUUUGUACAGGCUUUUUGUUUUUUCGUGGACAUGCCUUGUCUAUGGAGGAAAGCUGAGCGAAGCUAGCUGGCCGACAGUCCGGCUAGCGCAACAUUACCAGGGUUUUUGGAUGACUGUUUAGCUCGAGAGCUGAUUUAUUUUGGAUCAGCGAAACCUCCCCUCCCUGGGUAAGGAGUCAGCAUGGGGGAGCCCAGCCUGGACGACUCCAACGUCAAGGUGGCUGUCCGUGUACGGCCCAUGAACAGGAGAGAAAAGGAACUGAACACUAAAUGUGUUGUGGAGAUGGUGAAGAACCAGACUAUCCUCCAUCCUGCGGGCGCUAACCUUGGCAAAACAGACUCGAGGAGUCAGUCCAAGGUCUUUGCCUAUGAUUACUGUUUCUGGUCCAUGGACGAGACAGAUAAGGAGAAAUUUGCAGGUCAGGAAGUGGUGUUCCAGUGCCUUGGGGAAAGUCUUCUCUGUAACGCCUUCCAGGGCUACAAUGCCUGUAUCUUUGCCUAUGGACAGACUGGUUCGGGAAAGUCGUACACUAUGAUGGGUUCAGGGGACCAGCCAGGUUUGAUUCCCCGCCUGUGCAGUGCUUUGUUUGAACGAACCCAGAAGGAACAGCGGGAGGAGGAGAGCUUUACUGUUGAAGUUUCCUACAUGGAGAUCUACAACGAGAAGGUCCGGGAUCUGCUUGAUCCCAAAGGGGGUAGACAAACUUUGAGGGUGAGGGAGCAUAAAGUUUUGGGCCCCUACGUGGAUGGCCUGUCUCGACUAGCUGUGGCCAGCUACAAGGACAUUGAGUCUCUAAUGUCAGAAGGGAAUAAGUCUCGGACUGUCGCUGCUACCAACAUGAAUGAGGAGAGCAGUCGAUCGCACGCCGUCUUCAACAUCAUCCUCACACACACACUCAAGGACUUGCAGUCUGGGACAAGUGGAGAAAAGGUGAGUCGGUUGAGUCUGGUGGACUUGGCUGGAAGUGAGCGAGCGGCAAAAACUGGAGCAGCAGGAGAGCGACUGAAGGAGGGAAGCAACAUCAACAAGUCUCUGACUACGCUGGGCCUCGUGAUCUCGGCGCUGGCUGAACAGGGAACUGCAAAGAACAAGACUAAGUUUGUCCCUUACAGAGACUCCGUUCUGACAUGGCUGCUGAAGGACUGUCUGGGCGGCAACAGUCGCACAGCAAUGGUUGCAACUGUAAGUCCAGCAGCAGACAACUAUGAGGAGACGCUGUCAACGCUGCGUUACGCCGACCGCGCAAAGAACAUAGUCAACCACGCCGUCGUUAAUGAAGACCCUAACGCUCGCAUCAUCAGGGAGCUCCGAGAGGAAGUAGAGAAACUACGAGUACAGCUUACCCAGGCAGAGUCUAUGAAAGCUCCAGAACUGAAGGAGCGUCUGGAAGAGUCUGAGAAGUUGAUUCAAGAGAUGACCAUCACCUGGGAGGAGAAACUCCGCAAAACUGAGGAGAUUGCACAGGAGCGUCAGAAGCAGUUAGAGAGUCUGGGUAUUUCUCUCCAGUCUUCAGGGAUUAAAGUUGGAGAUGACAAGAGCUUUCUUGUCAACCUUAACGCUGAUCCUGCACUCAAUGAACUGCUAGUGUACUACCUGAAGGAACACACAAAGGUGGGCUCAGCAGACUCUCAGGACAUCCAGCUGUGUGGGAUGGGAAUCCAGGCAGAACACUGUGUCAUCGACAUUACAGCAGAUGCUGCCGUUAUCCUCACCCCCUACCGCAACGCUCGGACAUGUGUUAAUGGUUCUCCAGUGACCAGCGCUCUGCAACUUCACCAUGGCGACCGAAUCUUCUGGGGAAACAACCACUUUUUUAGGAUCAACCUGCCUAAGCGACGCUCACGGGGAGCAGAGGAUGAGGAGGGGGAGGGUGGCGUAAUGAAGAACAGCGGCAGCAGUGAGCAGCUGGAUGCAGAUGGUGACACAGCCAGUGAAGUGUCCAGUGAAGUCAGCUUCUCCUAUGAGUUUGCACAGACAGAGGUCAUGAUGAAAGCCCUGGGCAACAAUGACCCCAUGCAGGCAGUCCUCCAGUCGCUGGAGAGGCAGCAUGAAGAGGAGAAGCGAUCUGCCCUGGAACGUCAGAGGCAGAUGUACGAGCAGGAACUCCAGCAGUUGCGCAAGAAGCUCAACCCGGACCGUCUGUCCACAGGCCACUCUGGAACGCCGGCGUCUGGUCAGCAAGGUCCGGGACAGCAGUCUCACUACCGCAGCCUGGAGAGACUCAGUAUGGGAGGCAUGAGCCAUUCAACCAGCGCUCAGAGCAGACUGAGGCAGUGGAGUGAGGACAGGGAGGUGGUGUUGGUGAGGAGUCUGAGAAGGCUGAGGGAGCAGAUAGUGAGGGCAAACCUCCUGGUGCAAGAAGCCUGUUUCAUUGCUGAGGAGCUGGAGCGACACACUGAGUACAGAGUCACUCUGCAGAUCCCAUCGGACAACCUCAACGCAAACCGCAAGAGGGAUGCUGUGCUCAGUGAACCAGCAAUUCAGGUUCGACGUCGUUGUCGAGGGAAACAGAUCUGGAGCUUGGAGAAGAUGGAGAACCGACUGGUGGACAUGAGAGAGCUGUAUCAGGAGUGGCAGGACUAUCACCUCCAUCACCAUGACAACCCAGUAAUGCGCUCAUAUUUCCGUCGAGCUGACCCAUUCUUUGACGAGCAGGAAAACCACAGUCUGAUUGGUGUUGCCAAUGUCUUCCUUUCCUGUCUCUUUUAUGAUGUCAAGCUGCAGUACGCCAUUCCCAUCAUCAACCAGAAAGGAGAGGUUGCAGGGCGUCUCCAUGUGGAGGUGGUGAGAGUUGGAGGGGGCUUAGAGGACAACAUGGCUGGAGGAGAUGAACCAGACAACAACCAAGACACUGAAAUCCAGGAUCGCAAACUUGUUUGCAUGAUUAAGAUCCUGCAGGCCACUGGUCUUCCCCAAUACCUGUCCAACUUUGUCUUCUGUCAAUACUCGUUUUGGGACCAGCCUGAGCCAAUCAUUGUGGCUCCUGAAGUCGACCCAUCGUCCUCGUCGCCCAGCUCCAAGGACCCACACUGCAUGGUGGUGUUUGACAGCUGCAAGGAGCUGGCAGUGUCGGUGACUGAGGAUUUCAUCGAGUACCUCACGGAGGGAGCGGUUGCCAUUGAGGUGUAUGGACACAGGCAGGCAGAUGCAGGCAGGAACCCCGCCCUGUGGGACCUCAGCAUCAUCCAGGCCAAGACACGCACGCUACGAGACAGAUGGAGUGAGGUAACGCGUCGCCUGGAGCUGUGGAUUCAAAUCCUGGAGAUAAAUGAGAACGGAGACUUUGUCCCAGUGGAAGUGGUUCCCGCUAGGGAUGUGCGGACAGGUGGAAUCUUCCAGCUUCGGCAGGGUCAGUCGAGGCGAAUCCAGGUCGAUGUGCGUUCAGUUCAAGACUCGGGCACCAUGCCUCUGAUAGCAGAGAUAGUGCUUGCUGUGUCAGUGGGCUGUGUGGAGAUCAGAAACACUACAGCAAACCAGGAGGGAGACGAGAUGGACAGUUAUCAGGAAAGAGAUCUGGAGCGUUUGCGGCGGCAGUGGUUAGCUGCCCUCACCAAGAGACAAGAAUACCUCGACCAACACCUGCAGAGCCUGGUCACCAAAGCAGAAAAGACAGAGGAUGACAUGGAGAGGGAGGCUCAGCUGCUGGAGUGGCGCUUGACUCUGACAGAGGAGAGAAAUGCGGUUAUGGUGCCCUCUGCUGGCAGCGGCAUUCCUGGAGCACCUGCUGAAUGGGUUCCUCUGCCAGGCAUGGAGACUCAUAUCCCUGUCCUCUUCCUGAACCUCAAACCCGAUGACCUCAGCUCUCAAGACCAGUUUGAGGUUCCUGAGGCUGGAGGCUGGGAUGCCACCUUGACUGGGGAAGAUGAGGAUGACUUCUUUGACCUGCAGAUUGUCAAACACUACGACGGAGAGGUGAAAGCAGAGGCGUCGUGGGACUCCACCGUCCAUGAAUGCCCCCAGCUCAGUCGCGGGGGGGCGUGGCCUGAGCAGCGGGUGUACCUGACAGUAAGAGUAGUGGUACAGCUUAGCCAUCCUGCCGACAUGCAGCUGGUUCUGAGGAAGAGAAUCUGCGUCAAUGUCAACCCAGGCCGUCAGGGAUUUGCCCACAACUUUCUCAGAAGGAUGUCCACCCGCAGCACCAUACCAGGCUGUGGGGUCACAUUUGAGGUGGUCUCCAACAUCCCCGGGGACGCCCCUGGAUCAGAGGACAGGGAGAUGCUCGCCCGGCUCGCCGCCAGCGCACACAACAGCCAGUCAGCCGAUGACGAGGCUGCUAUUGAGAAAUACCUCCGAAGCGUCCUGAGUCUGGAGAACAUCCUGACUCUGGAUAGACUCAGACAGGAGGUGGCAGUGAAGGAGCAGCUGGCUGGCAGAGGGAGGAGCAACAGACGGAGCCUAAGUUCUCCCUCUGUCCACAGGCUGUCUGGAAGUAGACAAGACUUGUCCACAACCUGCCUGCUGGAUGAUAAGGGUCGAUGGGAAAGUCAGCAGGACAUCUUCAUGCCAUCACAGUUUCAGCGCACCCUCCCCCGCCCAGCCUCCUCCCCUUCCACCUACUCCACCUCCCCUUCUUCAUCCCCCACUCCCUUCGCCACGACCCCCCCACAGAACCAGGAACCCGAGCCAGGUCGUUCAGGACUUGCUGCCUCUUAUCUUUCAGUUAAGGCGCUGGUUCCUCAGAUGCCCAAACUGCUCAAGUCUCUGUUUCCAGUGCGAGAUGACAAGAAGGAGCUGAGACCAUCUCCGCACAACCAGCAGCAGCAUGUGCCUCGCAUCAUGACAUCAUCAGGAGGAGACGAAAGCCGAGUCAAAACUGAGACGACUGCUGUUCUGCAGCCCCCAACCAAAGAAAGGCGGGCAGAGUUCCCAGAAGUCCCUCCUCUUCCUGUGCAUGACCCGCAUGACACCACCCCCCUCAGCCCUCUCAGCCAGUCGUCGAGCGGCUACUUCUCCACUAGUGUUUCUACAGUUACCCUGUCUGACGUUCUCCAACCCUCCUCCUCGUCUUCCUCCCUCCUGGCCGCUGAGACCACGUUACCCGCAAACCCUCAGCAGCAGGGUGCUGACAGGAACGAUGUUGUGACCUCUCCUUCUCAGUGUGGUGCCAAGAUGGCCACCGUCGCUCCGCCCUCUUCAAACAGCUCAGCCAAUCACAACAACAUCACAGCAGAAAACUCCCUCUCUAAACAGAGGCUGGUAAACUCAGGAGGAGGAGGAGGAGGAGGAGGUGAAGGGUUUGAGCGGCUGGAGAUCUUUGUGGACGAUGAAGAGCGUAGCCAUGAUGACAUUCUGCCUGACUGGCUGACAGAGGGGGCAUAUGUUACAGUAGGAGGCAAUAAGGCGGGGACGGUGCGCUUCGUGGGAAUGACGCAGUUUGCUGAGGGAGUGUGGGUGGGGGUGGAGCUGGACACCCCUGUAGGCAAGAAUGACGGUUCAGUCGGAGGCCAUCGGUAUUUCCACUGCAAACCGGGUUACGGGGUGCUGGUUCGCCCAGACCGGCUGUCCUGUCGUGAUCGGACCAGUCGGCGGACGGGAGAGUUCGCCCCUCCCGCCCACGUCCCCGUCCUGCGAGGAGAGGCCAUUGUUGCGCGGAGGGGAGAGAACCGCAAAUCCUGGAGCAGUUGAGACAGGGAAAGUUGGAGCUGGAUGGGAGAGAUGAACUCCCCACAGCCCUCCUCCUUCUACUCCCCCUCUUCCUCCCUUCUUCUCCUCCCAGCUAUGCAACAGGCUCACACAUGAGAACUAACUUACUGCCUGCCCUCCCUUUGUAGGAAGCUACACUCACAACGUCCAUUCACAGUUGGAUGGAAACAGAAUAAAGACAGUGAAGAGACAAUUGAGAAUGAAUGCAAGUAAGUCAAUGAAAGACUAUGCAGAGUAUAUAGAAGUCCAUUGAAGGACUAUUUAUCAUGUGAGAAGAUAAUGCUAAAUUAACAGCAGUCAGUGGGAAGACUGCUGAGAGUGAACGGAAGCAGACCUUAUCAUAUUUGGAGUGUCAGAGCUCUCGGAGGGGGGGGUGUGUAGAUUGGACGCUGCAGACGGGAUGAUUUGCCACAGAGACGCUCUCUGAGCUGAUAUGCAGGGAUGCAAACUUGUCACGUUGUAGGCGUGAGUCAAGUUUAUGAUCCCAGGUCACAUCUGCAAAUAUAUUAAAAAUUUGAUGAAAUGAUCAUUUGAGGAGAAGGGGCAUUUUAGAGUAGAGAAAAGUUUUAGUCAAACCAUGGCCAGUCUUACUGUGACAGCAGGCUUUUGCUGUAGCUUCACCUGUGAUGUGUUUGCAUCCCUGGAUAUGACGUCUGUCCCUGGUAGUACUGAGACUCUGCGUCCCAAAAUGGCCCGCUGUGACCGCCGUUCCCCCGAGCUCUCUUGGUCUAGUCUGCAGAGUGACACUUCAACUCAUCGUUUGAGACUCGUCUCUCCCUCCUGGACUCCUUUUCUUUUUCUCUUGAAGCUAGAUUCUCCCAGAAUGUGCCUUCACCAUGGCUUGGUUUGCAUUUGUUUUCUCUGUGUAUUUAAUUUCUGUUAGCCGUGUUGGUGUUGAAGAGAAUGCCUUGUGCUAAGUGUGAGGUGAUCUCAGGGAUUGCAGAGGGGGGAAAGCAAAAGAGGGGUGUGUGUGUGUGUGUUUGUUUGUGUGUAUUUGUAAAUGUUGUAUAGUGUUGACCUGUGUGCACAAGUUGAUAUUGUUGUAGUCGUGUUGGUGUUAAAGAUGUGUAGAGCAGCAGGAAAAGUGUGUCCUGGUCAGACAAAGCCACUAUGGGAGCGAGUUGUUUGUACUGGGAGGCUUUAAAAGUCAAAUUUGCACUGGAUAUGUUGGAAAAGAAGCUUCUGUAUGUGAGCAGAACGUGUCUGUGGUCAUGAUGCAGGGAAACAGAGAGGUAGACGACAUGUUAACAGACACUUGGACCCAGUUGUUGUAAUGUGGAGAAAGCAUAACACCAGAGAAUUGCCUCUGUCUGACUGGGCUCUCUGGAUGUCUUGUUUUUGACAGCAAGUUUCCUGGUCGUCCUCUUGCUCUGGCACCAGGAGGCGCUGUCUGUAGAGUAGUACUUUGGUGUUGUGUUGGUGGAAAUAGGCAUGAGUAUGUGUUGAGGAAAAGUAAGUGAGACGGACAUGCAGAAACUCUGCUGGGAAUUUCACAUUUGAGAAGAGAAUCGAUUUGCUUCUAUGCAUUUGAUCUGUUUUUAAAAGGAUUUUAGUUUUUAUGUUUUAUUUCUAAACGACUGACACAACUGGGAGAAUGAGCUACAAGUAUGUUUUUGGGAUGGUAUUUAACACAGAAGCAGUUCAGACUUAUGAAAAUUCCUGACACAUCUGUUGAGGAAAAUGGAGACAAUGGGACAGAUUUUAAAGUAAAUUUUUUAUAGAACAUUCCAGAGGGACUCUUUACGCUGACCUUAUUCUUGUGUAUUAAUUUAUGGAAAAGCACUGGCAGUACACCACAGCACUGUUUCAUACUUUACGUGUACCAUAAAUUCAUGAAGAAUGUAGAGAGAGUACACAUCUGCUUCUAAUACUUUUCCAUUAGUUAAAGGGGCACUCCACCAGUUUUACACUAAGGCAGUUUUACUUGUCAUUAGGUGUCGUAGUCAGCCUGUGAGAACUGUUGUUUAUUUGUCUAGUCUGAGAAAAUAACCCUGAUGAAUGCAUCAGGGUUACUGCAUGAAGAUUUAUAACAUGAUCCCUGUGUUACACACGAGGAGAGCGGGCUUUGAUAGACGUGUAUUUACCACGUGGAAAGGGUCAAAUGAAAGAGUUGCAUUGUGGGAGAUGUAGUAUCUAGUGUUAUUGGAGCUCGACUCCAUAGAAACUAAAAUUUGGGAUAUCUCGACCUCUGCUGUUCUGAUUUUGAUGUUUCUUUUAUUAAUCUGUCUCUCACAAGUCUCCUAACUUUGUGGAAUUACUAUACUAAACUAAAUAGCUCUAGACUAAGGUCAGUGUAAAAUGUUGGGUUUGAGUCGUCCCGAGUCUCACCAAGUGAGCAGUAGGCGUGUGCUGAUGAAUGGUGAAGAACUAUUUCAGCAUUAUGUGGGAUACUUCUCCCUUUUACAGCAGCCAGGCUGGGUUCAUAUCCUAAUGAUGACAAACCUGUACAUAUUCGUUGACAUGUUAUUGAUGUCCACUGAGUCGGGUUUUGUUGUUGUAGGCUGUUUCUAUGGUAACAGUUGGUUAUUGUAUAGAAAAGAAUCUGUAAUGAUUUCUGAUGUUGAUGAUAUAACGAUUCAUAUGAAGACAUUAUCUGGAAAUACUGUACGUGCAUGUAAAAGCACUCAGUGUGUCCCAACACUAUCAUCUUUAUGGAUCAGUUUUCUUUUCAUUCCUAUAUAUCAUGUGUUUCUUAAUUCAAGAAGCGUGACUUUACUAUUUAUAUUUAAAUGCUUGUACACAUGCCUUUAUCGCAUGAAAAUUGAUAAAUCCUUUUUAUUUUAAUAAAUCUUGCACAAAUGAUUCCUUGGAAAUUGCUGCUAUUAGCAUUGUAAAUUUACCUGUAAAUGGAUCAAUUGAUUUAUCUAAUACUCUCUUACUGUAUACUAGAUUGGAGUUCAAUAUAUUUCUUCUUUUUUUAAAAAUCCCAGAUGGAGAUACUAAUGUCAGCGCUUUGGUUUGGUGGCCAAUAUGUUUUUUAUGGAGCAGUAAAAAAUUUGAAGAUGAGGCACUUUGUUAUGUGAGCCUUGAAAAAGAAACGGUGGGAACAUUUUCUGGGUGAAACAUCACCCCUGCAUUGAUUUUUUUUUUUUUUUUUUUUUUUGGAGGAAUGAGAGGAAUGACGAAACUCUAACAUUGGAAGUGCAUUAAAGCUGAAGUACGAGAUGAGGAGACAACCAUAGUUGAGUUAUUAUCUGUGUAUUUAUUACCGGCCUUAAAGCCCAGGACCCUGGAGUUCUCUGAUUGGUUGGUUGGUUACUAUAGGUGGAUGUCUGGCAUGUUAUUGGUCAGUGGGUUGUGAAGUGGUACAUCAGUUGGACUCUUGUUGGUUAUUUUUAUAAAAUUGUGGUUCAUAUUUGUUAUGUGGUAAUGAAGGAAGGGAGUUAAGUUUUCUCAUGUAUUGUGUGUGUGUGUGUGUGUGUGUGUGUGUGUGUGUGUGUGUGUGUGUGUGUGUGUGAAUGUAGGGUGGACCUGGUUUUGAUUGAGCUGUGUCAGCGAGUCUUUACCAAGAUGGGAAAUGACCACCAGUUGCCACUUUACUUCUUACUGAUACUACCUUUCGAGUGACAAACCGUCACCCUGGAUUCUCCUGAUCAAACUGUAAAAAUUCCAGUCUCUGUGUGCUGGUGGACUCUUCCCUUCCUGGUCUCCGCUCAGACACUGUUUUAGGGGUUUGAGAUCACUUCAGGCUUCUGGAUGUUCCUUUAUGUUAUUGUGCCUCAGAAACCAUGUGACCAUGUAUCUUCCACACACUGUUCUCAUAUCAAUGCUUCAAUUCAUUUGCACAAAAGUCUCCAGAAGGAAUAGAGGAGUUCAUUUCUGGAACACUUGUAUAUGUAGGAAGAAAAUACAACCAGAUUUUUUUUAAUGAUUCAGUGUUCUCAAGCUACCUGUUGUUAAACUGUACUAAACAUUGUUUUUGGAGCAAUAUUCCUUCAGUCACUGCUCAACUGCCUUUCAAGUAAAAAGAUGAAAAAAAAAGGGGGGUGAUAUUGUUAGGCAGUGUUUUACAUGACAGCAGAGCUAAGCUCAAAUGUAGUGGUAAGAUAUAACGGAAACGCGUCUUUCCUUCAUGCACAUCUCCUCUAAUUACUCUCUGCACAGUUUGCAGCAUCAUAUACUGUAUGCAUUAGUUUAUCAGGUUAAGUGUGACGCUGACAUUAUAGAUAGAAAAAAGUGUGGCUUGUGGGCUGCAUGACGCACAUGAUCCACAGAGCAACAAGAGCCAUUGCAAUAAGGAACUGUUAAAAAAAAAAAAAAAAAGAGGAAGAAGAAAACUAGCAUUCGUAAUGACUGUUUUGAAUGGACUUAGUGUUGUGACUUCAUUUCAGUGGUCUGUCUCUGCCACUGUAGAGAUUAGAGCAAAGCCAUCAGCAGUAUUAUUUAUGUGACUGUAUCAACCAUCAGAACCACAUUUAGUUCUAAUUUUAUUGAUGUGAUUUGUCCAAACAUAUUCACACUGGAAAUUGAUCUGUGUGAGUCUUCAGCCCCCCCCUUUUUUUAACUCUUUUAUUUUAUUUUAUUUUAUUUUAUUUUUUGUCUUAAGUGCUUCUGCUUUGCGGAGAAUUGGUCCCAUAUCUUUGUUGCAUUUGCCUCCUGUUGCAUUUCCUGCAGCUCUCUGCUAAACUAUGGGACCACUGGUCUGGAGCAACACAUCUUGUCCCUGCCUUAACGUGGCCUUUAAAACUGGAGCCAGACUGGCUUUAGCAGGAAUGAUCCCAGCUCUCUAACUAAACGUGCUGUACUCUUAAACCUUCAGUGUGCUGUGCUGUUUGAGAGGGUCACUCCAAAACCAUAUGGAAAAAAAGACAUAAAAAGACUCACAUUCUGACAAUAGUAUAUCAGCUAGUUGUGAGUCAUUUGGUCACAGGAGCUGUCAGGUUUUAUUACUCUCUUCGACUGGGAGGAAGGCCGUUGUGUCGCCCCCUAGUGGCUGCUGUCAAACCUCAGUCAUUCCACACAUGGAAAUUUUGUAUACAACCAGAAAAGCCGGUGGAACUUCAAGCCACCGCUUCCCUGCAGCAGCGUGCCUGACAGCAUCCAACAACAUAGUAUCAGAUCAGCCCUUUAAAAUCUUCAAAGUAGCAGUUUUGGAUUUGUGUUGGUUCCUGCCUUGGUAGUUGAGUUUUCACCUUGUUACUACCUCUGUCCCUGGUCUCAGGUCGUCCAGAGUGUUCUGCCAACUUCUUCCCCCCUGAGGCCUUCUAGCUGACAAAGAGUUGUACCUGCUUCUACUACUUGACUGGCUGCAUCCAGUUCACUUCCUGUGUGUUCUUCAAUAUUAAGAGUAUACCACACACACGCAAGCAAUACGUGGCUGUUAGGGUGAUACAACGCAGCCUUUUUGCAGGUGCACAGCCUUUUUUUUUUUUCCCUGCAGUUUUUGGCAAUGACAGCUGGGUCUGCUUUCCAGGAAAAUUCAGAUACAGCUGCUGCCCUUGGUGCAUUUUAAAGGCAGUUGAUAUCAAUAUAUUCCUCUGAGGUACCUGCAGCCAUAAUAAACUGAGCUGUGUAAUAAUGAGAGGGUUUGGUGCUUGCUAAGUCAGGGAGUUUUAGUAGAACCACGUUCCUGCAAAAAACAAAACAAAAAAAAAAAAAAAAACAGGCCCCUCCAGUCUCUGUAACCUUUCACACGUUCAUCUAAAGAAAGAAUCAUUGAACAUGGGUUUAAUGUGGCCUCGGCCUGGUCAACAGUAUUACUAUAUCUCCAUCAUCCUGACUAAUCAUUAUCAAUCAUUGCUACUGUUGAUUCUGUGGAGCGGGUUUGUCUUGACGUGUCAUUUGUAUGUGUGAGUGCACCAUCAGAGUGGUUGUUCUGUGUAUGUAUGUGUAUAUAUGCGCAUAUAAGACUUAUAAAGAAAAUUCUGAGCACAAGUUUGGGUUUUGAUUAAUUUAAUUGUUUUAUGGAAUUCUAUGCUGCAAUCCAAAGAAUAAACAUGUAUUAUAAUACAUUUAUAAUUUUCAUUUUUUAUCAUCUGAACAGUAAUCUGGUAAGAAAAAAAAAUAAAAAAGGAAGAUUAAUGAGA